CUUCGUAAUGUGUAUGUUGCGGUAAAUCUGAUUAAUUGAAAAUUAUUAAUAAUUUUGCUAAAUUAUUAAUAAUUACCACACGUUUUGGUAAAUGUGAAUAAUCGAUCGAAAUUUAUCACUUUUAGUAAUGAUUAUUAAUAAUUCACGACACAUAUUGGUGAAAGUAAUAAAAUAAAUAUAAACCCUAUGUUUUUUGACCAGUAUGUAUUUAUUUAUAAUAUUAAACACCGUCUUACGAUUAUAUUAAUUAGAGAUCACACAAACAAGGUUACUUGUACUUGCUUUAAACCGAAAGGACAACAAAUUCACAUAUUCUGCGCGUAAGUGCGGCUCUACGGACGGCAAGUAGGGGUAGCUCGCCACCCGACGAGAUCACCACAGGCCCAGUAGGGCUGAUGCCUGAUCCGGAGCUGCGGACUACCUAGCGGGUUUACCGAGGCUCCGGCUCGAAAAUCAGGAGUAAGAACGGCGUGGUUUUUAGUUAGUAAAAGUCUGACACUCCCUCUCACCUCGCUAAAAAGGGCAGAUUUAUCACAAAAUUAACAAUUAAAUUCUUUUAAAAUCAAAUUACCAUGAAACUUAUGCAAAAAAGUCUAUCGUGGUACAUAAAAUUGUAACAAAAAUAAAAUUAAACAAUUAUAGUUUCAUUAACAAAAUCAACACGAAUCCUAAAAGCAAUAAUCAAUAAUCACAUUAGGUUUGCCUGUAAAUCUUCUGUAGCACCUAUAAAUGCAUCAAAUUAAAAAUUUAAAAGUAUUAUCAUAGAAUUCAACAAAUAUUUGUUGUGUAAGUACAAUAUAUUGCCUUUUAAAUUGAUAUAUAAUAUAAUUGAUAAAAAUAACAUCUUGGCCACUUAUUACAUUUAUCACUACUAGGGUAAAAUUAUUAAUAAUAAGCGACAAAUGUGAUUAAUUUAUCACUUUUACCUCGAGUUUCGGUAAUUAUUAAUAAUAGUAGAUAAUUAUUAAUAAUUUUCAAUUAUUCACUCUUACCGUAACAUGUACAUGUACAACGGUUAUUAAGAUGUCAAAAGGCAGUGUGACCCUUGAUUGUAAAAUAAAUUUACUUCUUAUUGUUCCCUCUUAUACAAAUAAAGAAUGUCUUUAAUACUCAUAUUUAGGUUUAUCUUACAUAUAACGUGAACACUGGGCCCGCCAAGAAAAAGCAAAUAAAAAUAACAACAUUUUUCUUCCGAAAAUAAUACUUUUUACGACUCCAGUACAUCACUAAACAUGAAAUUUCAUUCGUUUAACGCCAUUUAACUCGUGAUAUUGUGUGGAAAUGCAUAUUUACAUAGUAUGUCUUCACGGUCGAGGCAAAAAUAAUAAUAUUAAUGUCAUCGUAUUUUUAGAGUAUACCUUGUUUCUAUUUGACUGUGCAGAAUCAGGAUUAUACUCGGAAAAAGUACGAGAAGGGAGUAUAAGACUCUUACUGACUAAAAACCACCCCGUUUCUACUCCUGCUUUUCGAGCCGGAGAACCGGGAAGCCCGUUAGGUAGUCCGCAGCUCCGGAUCAGGCAUCAGCCAGUAGGGUGGCCCCAUCUGUGGUGGUCUGACGGCUGUUAGAGAAGCGCGCGGGGCGCGACGCGCCGUUCGCAUGGGUCUGGUUCUGGUCGGGCAGCAAGCUACUCAUGCUAGUUGUCCGCAGACCCGCACUUACGGUGGUUGGAGAUCAUCGCACGAUCCCGACGCUCGAAGAUCUCGCGACGGCUGGGGCAUGAGGAGGUUCGUUCGUUACCUCACGCGCCCUGCCUCCUACUUGACACGUGUCGACCACAUCCCUGAGGAAAUGGUGGUGCUCAUGGCCAUGGAGCCCAUGUAGAGCACAUCGCCACCGUAUGCUUCACCGUGUCCUCCGGGCGGUCUUGGUUUGCAAACUUGAUUUUUGGUGUAGGUGUAUUUUGUAUUGAAAAUAAUAUCUUAAAUGGAAUAUAAAACAUUUAUAUACCGAUUUAUCGUCUAAAGUAUAAAACUUUUAUGUUGCAAUUGUUAAUAUGGUAUAAAAAUACCAAAACCAUUUCUUUUAUUUUACAUUUUUCUAUUAAUGUCUUUGAUAUUUACAUGUCCUUAAUAAAUAAAUAUGUUUCUGGGUUACAUAAUUCACUCGCUUCUUACUGUGAUUUCAUUUACUGGUCUACAACUAAGGGCUAAUGAAACUUCUACGGAUUUGACUACAGAAAGUACUAUAAAAAUUACUCCAAUACCUGAAAUAACUGUACCUACUGACCUUAGUACUGAAGCUACUGAAUUAACAACAGAAUUUACGGAACCUACUUUUGAUGCUCCAGAAUUUACUGCUGAUGCUACGGAACUUACUACUGAUGCUGCUAUAGAAGUUGAAAAUGAAAGGGCCUCAGAGACAUUCACAUCAACACAAGUACAAAAUCGUGCAGUUCUUAUGGAUGAUUUGACAACAUUUAAUGAUUCAGUGUAUUGUAAAUGGCAACCAAAUUCACAUUCGUGUGGAAAAGGCGGGACAGAACGCAAGUAUUAUUUCGAUAUACAAUUGAACCAAUGUGUUCGCUUUCUUUACGCACACUGUAAUCACUCUUACAAUAUGUUCGAUACAAAACGCCAGUGCAUGGAAUCAUGUGAAGAUGAGUACAGUCAUCCAGUUACAAAUGUAACAGCCAAUGUUAUCUGCAGAUAUCAACCUGACUUUGGAAACUGCCAAUUUUAUAAUCCGAUGUGGUAUUUCGACAUCGUUGAAAUGAGGUGUAAAGGUUUUUCAUAUAGUGGCUGUGCGGGCAAUGAGAACAGGUUCAGCACGAUUGAGGAAUGUUUAACUGUGUGUGGUACUGCGGUGAUACAUGAUUAAUAAAUAAUAAACUAUUUUCA